GAUAAUGCAAUAUCAUCCACAUUCAUCUUCUUGUUCUAAUUGUUAUCCUUCUUGUACACCCAUAUAUGUACCUUCACCAAUGAUUUGCUCUUCUUGUCAUCGGAAAUCAAACUCCACCAUUCAUCAUCAUCAUCAUUUUCAUUAUUUACCACCAUCAUUAUCUUCCUAUUGUUGUCAAUUUCAAUAUUGUUAUUCGUCUUGUACUCAUCCUAAAAAAAAGAAGGAUCAAUGUCAUUGUUGUGAUAACACAUCUCCAACAAAUCAUACCAAUACCCCUAUUACCAACAAAAAUAAUCCUAACGUUGAUCAUAAUAUAAAUGAUAGUAAUAUUAACAUCCGUCAACAUCAUUAUUAUCCUAAACAAUACAAAUUACUACAUCAUGCCAUUCAAGAAUUGAUUCAAUCAGAACGAGAUUAUGUAGCCGAUCUUUCUAUUAUGGUAGAGAUUUGCCUUGCAGAACUACAUCAACAAAAAUGGAUAUCUGCCGAACACGUGGCCAUCAUGAGUUGUAAUAAACCCGAUAUUUUAGCAUUUCAUCGAAAAUUGCUUCAUACUCUUGAAACUUUGAUAUAUGAUCAACAUCAAAAGCAACGGUUAGAUCAAACGAAUCAUCCUAUCAUUACUAUGGAAACGAAAUGUCAGACGAUUGCACAAGUUUUUCUACAAUAUGAAUCCCAAUUUAUGGACCUUUAUACUACUUAUUGUGAUAGUCAUUCAAAUCGAUGGAAACUUUGUACUGAAUAUCGUGGACGAUCUGAAUGGUCUGAUUUUAUUUUACAUUGUCAAGCUUUGAUUCAAGUACGAUAUGAAGCUUCAUCCUCAUCGUCAUCAUCAUCAUCAAGUACUCCUAUAAAACAUAUUCGAUUUGAAGACUUUUUGAUCAAGCCUAUCCAAAGAAUAUGUCGUUAUCAGUUGUUAUUAAAGGAAAUCAUUCGACAUGCCAAUCAAUAUGCAGCCAGUUCAGGUUUUGGAUAUCCUACUUUAUUGAUCCAAGCUUUUGAUAGUAUGUAUGAUAUCGCAACGGAAAUUGACCGACAGAAUGAAAAAAGAGAGGAUGUGGAACGGACCAACCGCUUUAUUGAAAGAUUGGAGAGUGAUUGGAGAUUAUCAAGACAUCGUGUGGCCCAACUUGGAUGCCUUGUGAUUUCAGGGGCAUUGGAUAUUAAGUAUUACAGUGAAAAUAACCACAUGCAUCAUCAUCACGAGUCAUCUCCCUCUUUCCCUUCAUCAGCCACCCACGUUGUGAACCCUGUAAAUGCAAUGAAAUCUAGUUACCUUGGAUGUUUUGUAUUUUCUUCCUAUAUCAUCAUGGUUCAAGUGAAGAAACAUACUCUUUAUGAUGCUAAACAUUGGUUUCCAUUAAGUAUUGUGAAUCUAUUGGAUAGUGAUAAUGAUACUGAUUUCAUUCUACAAUGUCAACAACAUGUGUUUAUUUGUAGUACAACAUGUAACAAAGAAAGACAAACUUGGAUGGAGAAAAUCAGAUCAGCACAACGUACUAGUGUCAAUACUUUACAAUCAUCUUUUGGUUUGGUGUCAUCUUUUAAUGAUCCUUCGCAAACUCUUGAACGUGAUCAAAUACUAUUUCCUCACUCCCCUACAAUCUAUUUUGACCCAGAUCAUUCUUAUUAUCAUCCUCAUCGAUGUCCCCUUUCCUCAUCAUCAUCAUCACCCAAUUUAUGGUUGGCAAAACAAGGCAAACAAAAAGACAAAAGGUCCUCUUCUCCUCGUCCCUCAUCGAAUAUCUGGUCAUUGCCAUCAUCACCACUUUCUACCAUCAAUAAACGUCAUAGUUCGUUGGAUUUAUUUAAUCUGACCACACGAGUAUCACUUCACUUCAAAACACAUCAUCGGAAUGCUCAUCGAGAGGCUGUAGAUCAACGGCUUCGGGAUGUCUGUACACGAGAUUAUUUAUCAUCACGACGUACGCUGGAUCGUAAAUCAAGUGUGGAUCCACAACAAACAUCACCUCGUGUUUCGUCUUCUGUCGCUUCUUCUCCAACUUAUGCUUUGAUUCAUAGCCGAACACCAUCACCUCGUCCAUCUCCCAUCACCACAAACCAUGAUACACUCAUUGCCCAACAAUCUUCAAAUGAAGCAUCCAUGAGAAAAAAGAAAGAUCAAGAUCCUUCUUCUACCAAUAUGCAAUCAAAACAUAUGACUAUCCGAUGGGUCCAUUCUUUCUGGCAUCGAUUAAAGAAAUCCAAGAAAAACAAAAAGCGUCCUCCGCAACCAAUUCAAGAGGAAGAAGAUGAAAAAAAAGAAAAACAUAAUGAAAAAAAGGAGAAAAACGUAGCAAUAGAAGAAGAAGUAAUCAAACAAGAACAAGAUAAACUCCAAGAUAAUUCGUCAUCCCCAAGUACUUUAUAUUCUGAUUUUUUAUUAUAUCGCCGAUCCUUUCAACUUGAUUAAGAAAUUCAUAAUAAUCAUAAUAGAUAGAUAUAUAUACAAAAAAGUUCUUUAUUUUUAAAUAAAUAAUCAUC